AUGUCGUUAGUCAGUCUUUUGUGUUGGGAAUGUGGUGUUGCUAGUUGGUUUUUUGUUGGUGGACUUGUGGCAUCGUUUGUCACUAGCAGGAUGGCUUCUAUCGAUGCUUUUGCUUUUCGUCGUUAA